ACAUUUUAUCGGGAUUCUUUAUCAUUUUCUUACCUUUUAUAGGAAAGAUGCUUGGAGCCAUUUCACAGAGAUAGAGAUGGACACAGCGAGAGAGAGAGACAUUGACUCAUUUGUGCCUUUAUCCUCAGGCUAACGUUGCGAGGUAAUAGUUCCGCUUUUCGUCUCACCUGGACGCUGUUUCUUAGCAAUGGAUUUUUAUGGACCUGAACUAGAAGAGAUCAAGGUUAAAGUUGGAGAUACUCUGAAGCUUAUCAAAUAUGAAAAAUAUUCGGCCCUUGAAAUGGAUAGUUUGAGGGAGGAAAUCCGUGAUUUAUUUAAUAUUCCUGUUGAUGCUGACUUUACCCUGACAUAUGCUGACCAUUUUGGUGAUGUGAUAACAAUUUCUGAUGAUCAUGAUCUGGAUAAGGCGGCUGCACAGGGCAGGAUCACUGUGCAACUGAGCAACAUUAACAAAGGUGUUAACUCCUAUGCUCCAUGUCCGAAUAUCAAAACCAGAGUCAUUGCUGAGGGUUUACAAUCUGUGCCACAACAGAUCUGUGAAGCACUUAAACUACAUGAAACACUUUUAAAGAUUCCGGAGGAUAUAGUUUCUAAAGCUGCCACUGGUCCAGUUCUUGUUGAGCUUGUUGAUUUUAUAUCAAAGAUGACACAAUCCUACCUCAAUCUGGAUUCGCAAACUACUCAAUCUCGUGCAGACUCAACUACACAGAAUAAAAAAAAUAAAAAUAAAAAUAAAAAUAAAAAAACUACACAAAAUGUGGCUGAUGGUACAAAACUUCGAAUGCCUUAUGGAUUCGCGAAUGACAAUUAGGGGCUUGAAUAGAAUGCAUGAUAAUGAAAUGGACGAGAGGCUGCUGAUGAAAAACGAAGUACUUAUUGAGCAUGCUGCAAUGGAUCUCAUAGUGGUAACGGGAAGAAGGCUUAAGUUGAAGACUCUUUACCAUAUAAUAUAUUAUUAAUGGAAUGAUUUGUUUUUUCUCGAUGGCAACUUGAUUGCGGUGUGUCGCGAAAAUAUAUAUAUAUAUACACACACACACACGUAUGUGUGUGUAAAACAUGGCAUGAUGAAAUGUAUGAUUUAUUACUCUUUUAGAUAAUUGUCUUUAAAGUUUUUACAUUAACAAUAUUCAUGACUUAUAUUCUUACU